AGCAUGUCCCCCCGUCCGCUGCAGCACAAGUUCAUUCAGAUGACAAGCUCUAGGGAUCCUAAUUUCCAUGUGACAGGAUCGCCCGCAGCUCUGUGACUUUUUUGACUCCUCUCCCACAUUAAUUUGGGAUAACGUGAGAAGCGUUUUCUUCACGCUGGGUUUAAGUCAUUGUCGCACCGCAGACGUCAAUCCUAAAAACCCAGUCUGUUCCCCCUGCAGGAUCCUCCAGAAUACCAAAUACCUCCGGAGCCGCCGCUCCAUAGACUCAGCUGUGAGUCCGUACAAAAGACUCCUAUCGAUUAUCAUUAGGCAGCGUAACCGGGAUUAACCGUGUAUGUUCACUCAGGGCUGGAUGGAGACAACGCUGAAGAUGCCAAAUCCCAUCUUGUCUAAUGGAGGUCACCAGACUCUUCACCACAGCAGAUGUCUGUGAAAGAAGGAUUGGGCAUGUUCGAUUUCAACAUGUCUGAUCUUUUGUUUAUAUGGUAGAUAAGCUGCUGCCAGAGUGUCUGGCAGCGGCUUAUUCCUUUCCUUCCAUGGACAACACUUUACGGAGCCAAACAAGCACGUGUAUGGGAAAGAUGGGAGAAAGAGCGGCUGGCUGAAUGAGCAAUCAGCUGAAAAUCAUAUGGGCUCCAGAAAGAUGGCGGAGCUGGAAAAUUCGGUCCCCUUGAGGCUGUGGAUCUACAAUGACUCCAACUUGACUGGCACUGGGACGCCAUCUGCAGUGUUCAGCAGAAGACAGGACCAUAACAGUAUCGUCCUUCCGGUGAUAUUUGGAAUUAUAUGUUUGGUGGGCACCAUUGGGAACUGCAUUGUCAUCUACACCAUCACCAAGAAGCCAAAGGGAAACCACAACAUUGCUGACAUCUUCAUUGUAAGCCUGUCGGUGACUGACCUUCUCUUCUUACUUGGAAUGCCUUUCUUGAUCCACCAGUUACUGGGCAACGGUGUCUGGCAUUUCGGGGCUACCAUGUGUACUAUCAUCACUGCAUUGGAUGCCAACAGCCAGUUUGCCAGUACGUAUAUCCUCACCGCCAUGUCAGUUGAUCGCUACCUUGCCACAGUCCACCCCAUCCGCUCUUCGUAUGUGAGGACAACCUGUGCGGCGGCCAUGGUGAUCCUGCUGUUGUGUUUCUGUUCUUUGAUCACCAUCAUCCCUGUCUUCAUGUACACCCAACUCAUCGAGCUUCCAGAUGGCAAUGCCGGCUGUGGCAUCAUCCUGCCCAACUUGUCCAUUGAUAUCUAUUGGUACACGCUUUAUCAGUUCUUCUUGGCUUUCGUCAUCCCGCUACUCAUCAUCUGCGUGGUCUACAUCAAGAUCCAGAAGCACAUCUCCUGUGUGGUGGUCCCUCUCCCCCAAAGGAAUUUUCGGGUUCGAUCCAAGAAGAUCACAAGGACGUCUGUGACUAUCUGUUCUGCUUUCUUCAUAUGUUGGGCUCCAUAUUAUAUCCUACAGCUGGUUCACCUCAAGGUAGAACAUCCCACCGUCAUGUUUCUGUACGCUUACAACGUAGCCAUUAGCCUUGGCUACGCGAACAGCUGUAUUAACCCCUUUAUAUACAUUGUCUUGAGUGACACCUUCAAAAGGCAUCUGAUUAAAGCUGUGUGCCCGGGGCAGCAGCAGAGGAGAGGUGAGCGCCAUGCCACCAGCGAGGUCAGCCCGUCUGUCCGGAUAUGCUCCGUACCAACUCAAGAGACCUCCUUAAGCAUGAUGUACUCCAACAAGAUAGACAAUUACAUUUCUCUAUCUGUUUCCGUUCCGUGAACCGACCAAACUACUGAGAGAUAUUGCACAAUGUGGCAGCUCAAAGGACAACUACUCCUGUCCGGACCGGCGGCGGCUAGCUGCUUUAGCGUUGGGCUAAAGGGCUAGCUUCUUUAGGCCCCAGGAAUGACAGGGCCAAGGGCAGCUGCCCCUUUUGAUCCGUGUUAAAGAUGGCCCUGGGUGGAAAUUGAACUGAAUGAUUUUCUUUCCCGUUUCUUAAGAGCCAAGAACAUGCUGCAAUAAGUCAGUUCCCAUAAGCGGUUACAAAGAGCGUCUCUCUCUCUCUGGAGAACCUGUUUUGUCCUGUGUUACAUAGAUUACCCAUUGAUUUGAACGGACACUGUGUAAUUCCUCACUUUUCCUGCAGGGGGUGCUCUAGGGAAAUUGAACACUUAGGACUUGUUCAUACUACGGAAUUUUCGCUUGGAUCUGCGAACCUUCUGUUCCAUGGUAAAUCGGCACCCAGAGAUCAGCGGCACUGAAUGGCAGGUGUUCACAUGCAGUGGGGGAUUAUUUAUACUCUGUGCGAUGUCAUGCUCUGGGGCUGACCAGUAGGUGGAGUUAUUGCUGCUGACUUUGGAAAGUCUCAGCCGGCAUCAACAAUCACUCCCAUCUGGUGAACCGCUACACAGGCUGCCAGACAUUGCAGCAGGAUUCAGAUCUCCCGCUGUUCGCACCGGAACGCCAAUCAGAGUCACUGAUCCUCUGUGGGGCACUACAAAUCUAUGACGAGGGGGAAAUAAAGGGGGACUUCUCUGGCGCAAAACAAUUCUUCAUCAGAAGUUCCACGACCGUGUGAACAGAGCAGCAGAAUCCCACGAAAUUCUGUAGUGUGAACAAGCCCCUGACUGUCAAGUUUCUUACAGAUGAACAAUAAACUGAUCCCAAUGUGGAGAAUCCCUUUAAGUGCCCUGCUGAGAUAGAGUCAGGAGGGAGGGGCUUAUAUUAUGUCGGUCCCUCAUUGUCACUUUAAGAGUUUCUAGUCCCCCUUUGAUAGAGAAUCUAUCAUUAAAAGGGACAAUGUUGUAGUGACUUGUUACCUUAAAUCAGCGACGACUAAAGGUAUCACUGUUAAUUUGCGUUAUGGGCGUGGCCAAAUAUUGUUCUCAUUCUUUACCGGGAGCCUCUCCCUCUAGAGCAGCGUUUCCCAACCAGUUUGCCUCCUGCAGUUGCAAAACUACGACUCCCAGCAUGCACGGACAGCCUUCGGCUGUCCGGGCAUGCUGGGAGUUGUAGUUUUGCAACAGCUGGAGGCCCUCUGGAUGGAAAACGCCGCUCUAGAGUUAGAGAAUGUAAAUGUAAUCUCUCACUGCCUAUAUACACGACUACAGCCAUUCCCUGCGUGCGACAUGAAUGUAGACCGUGCGCGCCAUUUUUAUAUAUUUAUAUAUUGUGUCAAUAUAUCUAUAUACGUUUUUUUUUUUGCAAUUAUAUUGCAGUUUCUACCGAACUUGUUACAUUCGUACAUUAUCACCACAGGUAUCGUACAGAAUGCCGCCAUCUCCGUGUCUUAUUUUAUUUUUUUUUCUUGCGUUGGUAAUGUCAACCUGUAACACUGCAGAACAAAGGACGCGGGGCACGUGGGACGGAGCAGCAGGGUUUUGUUGUACGACUGUAGCUUUUGUCUUUGGAAAUGAUAAUUGUUUGAUCUGUGAAACUCUGAUGCAUAUUAAUAUUUUUUAUUGAAAAUAAUAAAAAAAUAACUUAU